AUGCCGGGUGCCACGCUCCUGCUGCUGGUCCUGCUCCCUGGGGUCGCCACCUCUCCCAGCGGGCCGCUUGCAUGCUUUGAAAGGAAAGUGGGGGAUGGCACCCUCUGCCCGGAGCUGGCCCUGCUGCCCCCACAGAGCAGCCCUGGGGCCCUUGGGGAGCUGCCCUCCCCCAGCCUGACUGCCUCGCCCCCAUCGGGCACCCUGCGACUGGACUGGCCCAGCCAGGGAUCCCCUGGUCUGCGCUGGGUGGAGAAGUCCAGGUCCGAGAAGUGGGGGCUCCUCCCCAGAGCAACAGCACCCAUUUCCCAAAGGAGGCGGGGAGGUCGCUGCACUGGCCUGGAGGGGCUGAGGGGUGCGCGACCUCUGUCGUGUCACCCUUUCUUCCCGCCAGCGCCUCCAUUCCCCGCGGCGCCUGGGCCCUGGCUGCGCCAACCCCUUUUCAGUCUGGAGCUGUCGGACGCCGAGGACGCCUUCCCGCGCCGCGCGGGGCCGCUCGAGGUCCCGGCCGACAGCCGCGUGUUCGUGCAGGCGGCCCUGGCCCGUCCCUCUCCGCGCUGGGGCCUGGUCCUGCACCGCUGCUCGAUGACGCCGUCCUCGCGCCCGGCCCCGGGGCCCGCCCUGGCACUGCUGCGCGGGGGCUGCCCCGCCGACUCCUCCGUCGUCCUCCCGCCACCGCCGGCGCGCCCGGGUGCUGCCGCUCCCGUGCGCUUCAGCUUCCGUCUGCGCCCGGUCUUCAACGCCUCGGUGCAGUUUUUGCACUGCCAGCUGAGCCGCUGCCGCCGCCUCCGGGGAGCCCGCCGGACACCUGCGCCUCUGACGCUGCCGCCGCCAUCGCUGUGUCUGCCUCAGGAUGAGGCGUGCACGGGCGCCGGCAGCGGCAGUGGCGAGAGUCUGGGUGCCGACGGUCCCCACCUGCACACGCUGACGCAGCCCAUCGUGGUCACAGUGCCGCGGCCACCCCCCGGGCCACCCAAGGGCAUCCCCAGCAAAGCCGUGCGUCCUGAGCCUCCCGCCCCGGCCCCCGCGGCCCUGGAGCCCGCGCCCGUGGUAGCGCUGGUGUUGGCUGCCUUCGUGCUGGGCGCUGCGCUGGCCGCCGGACUCGGCCUCGUCUGUGCGCAUUCAGCACCCCCGAACCCCGGUCCCGCCCCGAGAGACUCGCCCAGCGGCCCCCAGCCCAGGAGGCCCCAAUAAGACUGAUGGAGGCGGCCAAUGAUCCGCUGGGAAGGGGGCGGCCUGCAUGGUGUCCCUCUGCUUCGCUCAGUCUGGGUAGCCCCUCCCCAGGGAUGGCACACCCCCAGCACGGUCCGGAGACACAACAGCCACGGCCUUGAACCAGGCCCGCCAGGACUGGACCGGCCCCGGUGGACCUCAGACCCAGUGGGACCACUGUCUCUGCCUCCUGAACCCUCCUGCCCCUGACCGCUCCUCCUCUUUUUCGCACUUGGGCUCAAAAUAAACACCCGGUCUGACCUACUGAGUUCUGAAGUCUGCGUGUGCACUUGGCGCGGUUAUAGGAGGCAGGAAGCAGAGGCCUUGGACCAGGACUUGGGGGCUUGGCCCACACACUCAUAUAUACGUGUGCAGAUGGGGGCCAAGGGAGACCCAAGGGAGUUUUUCCCAAACAGAAAGGGACACCCAAUCCCAUCUGCUUAAGUUUUAAUAAGGUCCACCUUCGGGGCACCUGGGUGACUCAGUCGGUUAAGCCUCUGCCCUCCGC